UGGGUCCUCAAUCAACGUGGGGCACACGAAGAUGUGAAGUUGUUUUGAACCUGUCGGAAAUAUUUGUACGAAGACACAGACCUUACUUCACAUGUUGUAUAAACAAGACUGUUUGUGUUUCGGUGAGAAUUCCUGUGUUGCUAUGAUGCCAGGAGACACUCAGACCAAAACGGCAGAAACUGCCGCGGAGGCAACCUUUGGAAACUGUGGAAACUGCUCUGCUUUGCAUCAGAGUCUGACAGAAUAUGUAUCGUCAUUUUUGGCACUGAAACAGAAGAUAGCAGUUUCGGAUGACACCAUAAGGCUUCAACAAGAGCUAGAAGAGCUCCAGCUUAAAUUGGUUACUUCGGAGCAGAGGAUGGUAGAUUAUAAAUCUCUGCAGACAGAGCUGGAAGAAAAGAGAGUUGCCCUAAUUUCAUAUGAACAUCUGUCUGAGAACAUGGAAAAGUUAAACCAGGAAAACAGUAAAGCAUUAACUAACAUUAAGGAACUAGAAGAACAGGUGAAGCAUUUAAAAGAGUGGAGUGAGGCUCAAGUGAAUAAAAAUGCAUUACUGGUGACGGAGAAGGCAGCUGUCGAAAAUGAUUUGCGUCAAACUCGGGCAUCCUUGGAGGAAUACCAGGCAAAGGCAGACGAAGCAGAAAAAUUACUGGAGGAGAAUGCUAGCAUGAAGAGCUUGAAGGACAGUCUUGAAAGUAAAGUUCAACUUCUUGAAGACUUAAGCUGUAGUCAGACUCUUCAAAUUUCCAAACUGACCAGAGAAAAGGCCUCCCUGGAAAGAGACAUUGAUGACCUUCAGAGGAGACUGAGAAAACUGGAAAGAGAACGGUGUAAAGACUACAGAAGCACAUGGACUCAAACAAAUGCACACAGGGAGCCGAAGGUUGACAAAGAAAAGCUUCGAAUGCUGCUGCAUGACAUAUGGACGUGUGUGGAGCCGAAAGAUCCCGCAGGUCCGUUUUGCUUUCCAGAGUCCAGUUGCAAUCGAGUUCCUCUUCCCUCCCCACAAAACCCACUUUUGUCAGCUGCAACAUCGUUGCGUUCUCCUCAAAAGACCAUUGAGUCCCGCAGCCACCAAGUCCGGACAAACGCUGCCGUCUCCCCGUCUAAACCACUUUCUCAAGAACAGAACCAUGACAAGCUCCAAGAUUCUCUUUGGAGCUUAUGUGGCCGGAAGAGAACGAAGACCAACACAGUCACAAAGAAAUCUUCCAAGAAACUUAAGGUCAAAGAGAGCUUUGAAAUGACCGUGAAAGAAAUAACAGAGAUGUUUAAACCACUGCCUCCUGUCAUAUCUCCUCUACUCAUCUUGGACAUGGAAUCCAUGGAAACAGACGACACGGCUAAAGAAACUCCCCCGGAUGUCUCAGAGGACACAAAUCUCCAGAAACACGAGCCGCUAAAUGUCGCAUCAUCCCCGAAAACCCACAUCAAUCCAAACCAUUCUGCCGUUCAGGAGGACGGUGUGGACCCCAUGGAAACCACGACCCAGGAACGCCGAAACAUUGAGGAUAAAAAAGAAGCGGAACAGAGCGGCGUUGCUGAGUCAAACCAUCAACCGGAAAAAGAGAAUCCAACUCUUUCCGAAGACGUUGAGGAGGAGGACGUUGCUCCACCGUUGCAGGUGUCAUCUUCUGCCACAUCAGAUGGUUCUGUGGAGGUUGGAGGUUUAUCAGUAGAACCACAUGCAAAUACUCACUUAACCAACAGUGACAUGGUAAAUAAGAACUAUGAGAAAAGCCUGGAGAUGGAUCCAGAAGAGAGCUUUUCUGCAGACAAAGUAGCCUCUUCAACCGUCGACACCAAAACGGACGAUCGUGUAUCAACGGAGACGUGUCCAGCAUUGCAGGAGAAAGACAACUUCCCUCCUGACCACCACUAUGAAGAGUCACCUUCAAUUUCUGAAUCCUUUGAGGAAACAACCGUUAGUUGUAAAUCUUUACAGGAGAAUACACUUUCUGUUUGUGGACAGUCGAGUCCUUCAUCCCUUCUGGCAAAUUUAAAGCCGCAGAUAUUGGAGCCUCAGGCAUGUUUGGUCAAAUCCGAUAGUCCUAAUAACUCCAGAGGCAUUUCUGCUGAUAAAGGGAGUCCUGUUUCGUUUAUGGACUCAAAGGACAUCGUCAAAGAGGCUGAUGUUCAAGAGCUUCCUCAAGACACUGCCGAUGCAGCAAGGAAGAACUCAUUCAUCAAGAAGAGCGACGCCAAGAAGCGACAAAGAGUAUGCUCCGAGUCGAGUCCAUCUGCGCCCCAAUCCCCAGAAUCCAUCGGCCAUCUUUUCAUUGAAAUGGGUCCUCCUCUUCCUCCUGUCUUGACCCCCCUGAAAACGCCUCCAAAGCAAGGCAGGUCAAUCAGCCCGAGGCAUGCCAUUGGAAAGCUUUCAUUUCCAUCCCCCAGAGAUGAGCUGGCAUCUCCUCACACUCCUGUCCAGACCCACUUAACUCCCAAUCCCAAGCAGUUGAACAGUCCAAUCCCUUCAAACGGAGUCCCUUCCUCGCCGCUACAGUUCGGCUCCGCAACUCCCAAACACGCUGUGCCGGUUCCUGGUCGCUUUCCCUCAGCAUCCGUCAAUUCCUCUUCAUCGUCCUCUACGAAUUCCUCUCAGGAGAGCUCCAUGAGGAUUCUGGACACCAUGUAUCCGGAUCUGUCAGCCCGUGGCCGUACUCUGAGUAUCCUCAAAGGGAACGUCAACCUUUGCCCUUCCGAAAACAGAUCAUUACCUUCCUCCUCUGACAGCCAGUCAUCUGGCUUCAACAGCUCUGCUUCCACCGCUUUCACAAAGACGGACACAAGGGGAGACAAAAAGCCGGCCGUCCAUUUGUCUUCUCGGUCUCUGCCUACAGCCAGUAAACGUCUGAAGCUUGAGAGCAGCUCUCCCAGCACCGAAUGUAAGCAGACGCCUCCGGUACCAUCAAACGGAGAACGGGAAACGACCUCACCAAACAUUCUGGAGCCGAAGCAACCGACUUCUCCGUCCACAAAACCCAAAGAGUCCUCUGAAGAGAAUCUCCUCACUAAUGCUCUACAGAAGAUCGAGAAGCAGUGCUUUGAUGUGCUGCCUGUUGUCCAGAGUCACCUUUAUGUAGGAAAUGUGCCUAAAAAGCCCGUGCUGAGAGAUGAAGAGAAGGAGGUCAUCUCUGACAUUUGCCAGCAUAGUUUGUCAGAUGACAUGACCCGGGCCAUCCUGAACAAGCUGAAGGCUGAAAGAGAUGCCCUCAGCUCCAACCACACGCAGGCGCUCUGCCGAGUCUACACAGGAAUCUGCAGACAGAAGGGAGACUGGGAGAAGGCUCGCAUCCUGGCCUACAGCGUUCUCCUUCAGGAUUUCCCAGAUUCCGCCAAGCUGAUUUUGUUCAUAGUGACAACGUGGCCCGCUGUUCUUUCACACGCCAGCUGUCUGUGCCAGGCCAUUCACAUCGUCUCCAAACUCCGAGCUCAAGAAGGGGUUCUCAGCUGCCUCUCAGCGUUCCUCGACUGGGAGAAGAAUCCUCCCUUGGACAUUGAGCAGCAGAUCUCCAGAUCAUUGUCUGAACUGAAGUCCGGGUCAAAGCAGUCUUUUGUGAAGCACAGUCGUUAUGGAGAAGUCUUGGGAGCUGAAACCUGGGAGCAGGUUUAUGCUUUGCAACUCUUAUGCUCACACAAAAAGUGGAAGUGGACCUUUGAAAAUGUAUUGAGUAAAGAGCUGUGGCCGCUGCUCAACCAGUGGGUGUCACAACCAAGGGAUCAACAAGAGCCCGUCUCUGAUAUGACCGUUGCUGGUCUACUUCGACUCAUUGGACUCCUUGGUCAGCUGGGCUUGAAGGAAAAUUGUGUUUCCAGUGUGAGCAGUGUUGCCGCUGUCAUCAACAAGUUUGGAAAGCAUGGACAAAGAGAAGGUAUUCCAUGGGAAGUCCAAUUGGCAACCAUCUACUGCGUUUAUGAAUUGUCUCCCUGCAACCCCAAACAAGCCCUGGAUGCCCUGGCAGGGUGGAGAGGGGAAACAAAGAGCGUGCCUCCCGCUGUGACGAGUUGCAUUAAUCAGUUAGCCUGUAUUUGUAGGCAGGUUAAGAAAUGAAAACCUAAGUCUGCUACUGUUUUAACGUCCCCAAAUUGUAGGUUUUAUUUUUCACUGUUCAGGAAAUAAUGGCUAAAGUUUUUGUCUUGUUUUGUUGAAAGUCAGAAGCCUUAUUCCUAGCGUUUUAUAGUAGACAAAGUUGUUAAACGUAUGAAGACACUUUUUUUAUUCUCCAAAGUGUGAACUCUUCACUGUAGCAGUAAACUUGAUUGUAAAUAGAGAUUUAUUUUGGUUUCCUAAAAUCUUAUUUAAUCCUGAUAAAAUGGCACUUGCACUUCCUUUGCACCCCAUCCCUAUUUUCUUUUUUGUAUUUUUUUAAUAUAAUGUACUCAGGAAAAAGUGUAAAAUAUUGUAGAAAAGGUAAAUGUGUGAUUAAAGUUUACUGUAAAUACAUAUUUCAGAUGUUGGAGUUCAUGGACAAGAAUUGCCAUGGUGAAUGUUUUGUAAAUUUUUUUUUGUUUUGGUUAUUUAAAUUUUUUAAUUAAAUGGAACAAGAUGCAA